UUAGCUAUCCAGUAUCUAAUAAAAAGAUCAGCAAAUACUUGAAUACAUACUUAGAGAUGGCAGCUGUGAUGCGAUACAAGCACCUUGUUCUUGUGGCUUUCGUCUUGCUUUGCUUCAUUACUAUCACAACUACAGAAGCAGCACGAAGUUUGGGAGUGGCGCCAAGUAGUUAUACAGGUGAUGAGAUGAGCCAUGAUGACGCCUUGAAACAUGGGAUCAAAGAAGAUGAUGGAGUAAUGCCAGAUGAGAGUGCUGAUUUACUGGCUAUGGAUUACAGUCCGGCAAGUAAAAAGCCUCCUAUCCACAACUAAAUAUAGAGCAUCUUUGUUGUCUAGGUACUAAAUAGAUUCAAAGAGUGAUAGUUUAAUUUAGUCUCGAUAUAUGCCCAUUUCUAUUUCGUUAAUUAGGAACAAAAGAAAGUCGUGAAAUUAUACAUGCAUGCUGAAAGAAAAUAUACAAAGCCAUAGAUAAACGUACACCUUGUGGUAUUGUGCUGUAAAUUAUACGGAGACUACUUUUGUAUAUAUACGGAACUGUGUUUCCUUUUGGAAAUCAUCAUGAAUGAAAAUAUGAA